CUGAGGGGGGUUGGUUGUUGACAGGCUGUUUCUGACAUGAAGACGAGACCCGCGGGGAUCGGGAAUUUCAAUGCUGACUGGAUGGGUUCGCUCCCCUCCAAGCUCAGUGCCAUGCCACUAAAACACAUCGCUGUGCCAGGGUCCCAUGAUUCUUUCACCUACUGGGUAGAUGUGCAUGCUCCUGUGGGCCCUGAUCAGAAGGCUUAUGUCAAAUAUCUGGCCACUGUCUUCAGUGUCUUAGCCAAGAAAGUCAUGGUGAAGUGGUCCAUGACACAGAACCUGACUUUUAAGGAGCAGCUGGAUGCAGGAAUUCGUUACUUUGAUCUCAGGGUCUCCUCCAAACCAGGCGAAUCUGGAAAGGAGAUUUACUUCAUCCAUGGCCUCUUUGGACACAAGGUGAGGGAUGGUCUGUUAGAAAUCAACUCCUUCCUAGGCAGACACAGGAAAGAGGUGGUGUUUCUGGACUUCAACCAUUACUAUGCAAUGGAUGCAGAGCAUCAUGUUUACCUCAUCAACAUGCUCCAGGAAGUGUUUGGCAGCAAGCUUUGUAACAACUGUGCAGUGGAGAGCAUUACUCUUGACUAUCUAUGGGAGAAGAAAUAUCAGGUAAUAGUGUUCUACCAUCAUCCCUCAGCUCAGGGCAUCCCUGUAAUGUGGCCUGGCAGCAAGAUCCCCGCUCCCUGGGCAAACACCACUGAACCCAACAAGCUCAUUCAGUUCCUGGAAACUACACUGAAGGAAAGAGCAAAACAGGGCUCCUUCCAUGUGUCCCAGGCCAUCCUCACGCCCAGGGUCAACACUGUGGCCAAGGGCCUGGUCUGGGGCCUACGUAACUACCUGGUGGAAAGAAACCUGCCUACAAUCAUAUCCUGGGUUGAGGUUCAAAGGCCCGGGGUGGACGGGGUCAACAUCAUCACCUCUGACUUUGUGGAGCUCACUGACUUUGCAAACAUUGUCAUCAAACUCAAUAACCAGCUAUUGUCUGAACGGGACAGCAAACCAAGAUGACACGUUUGCACGGGACUAAUGUGUGCUGAUUCUCGGUGUGUUGGAGGUUGGACAGUGGAUGGUUGGAGUCCCUGCAAUCAGUUUCUUAAAACAUUCUUCGAGGUUAAUUUUAAUAACAAUAAAUUAUAUGACACCAGUGACUCAAAUAAGGAUUGUUAUCAUCAGCUAGUAAACAGACCGUCCUUUAGCUGACAAGGUUUCAUUGUCUUACACUUGAGCAGUAAGAUACACAGGUACUGUAUGAGCCAGAGACCUCUACAUGUUUUGAAUGACAUGAAGCCUUUAAAGCUUCCAGGAACUCAUCAACUAACCUUUGGCAAUUUGAACAUCACGGUUUUGGUUCCAGCUGACUUUCUGCCACAAUAUCAUGCACAAAGUCCAAAAAAGCGAAGGAAGCCAGAGCUUAGGUCAGAGAAGAACAAGAAUGUUCAGUUGCAUUUUUUUUACCAUCUUCAUGAUGCCAACCAAAUCCUGUUAGACCACAGCCAUGACUUCAUUUGGGGAUUUCUUUUCAUACAUUCCCUUUUGAGGGAAAAUGGAAACAUAUCACAUUGCCUCUAUAACAUGGCACUGCCACACAGGUCACCACAUUCUCAGCUACCUGUAAGAUGAACAAUGAUUUAACUUUUAAGGUUCAACAUCUCAGAUGCUUAAGAGGGGGUUCUAGAUUUUACUUUUUUUCCAGUCAUUGAUAUCAAUAUUAUAACAGUUGCUUUUGUUCCUUUUUCAAAGGUUAUUAUCCCAUUACUGAUCACAUUGAAUUUUGAAUUAUGUUUUAAGCCUGGAUCAGAUAUUAAAAGACUAUAUUUAGGUAUUUUAGGCAUCAACAUCAUAGGAACUUGUGUACACAUAAGGUAUUCCGAAAAAUAUUCAGACAGCUAAUUACAUCCAAAAUUGUUAUAUAUUAAGAGUCUAUGAAAGACAAGACCGGACAUGAACGGAAUGGAAUUUGUUUAUUGUAUUUCAAACAUAUUUAUAAUUGUAAACACUCGGCCCGAGAGAUAAAGUUGGUUUUGAACUGUGCACUUGGUGUUUUUCAAUAAUGAAAUGAGCGUGAGACAAAAGUAGUGGUUGUAGUUUUUCUUGAUAUUUUUUUUUUUCUAUGUUAAGCAAAGUCACAAAUUGUGGAAGAGGAGCCUACUGUGCCAACACUGUGUCAAAACUUAUGGUUUGACUGUAUAGUUUGAAGUUGACAAACACUGACACCUUUUAUACAAUACACAGACUUGCAUAAUUACAGAGUUAAAGCCAAAUAUGUGUGAUACCUGUGCCACAAUUCCCGUAAAAUAUGCACCCAUCGUACAGUAUAUACAGCUAUAAAUGCUUUGGUCAGUAUUUUUUUUCACCUCCAUUGUUUUACUGGACAGAAAUAGAAAUUUUCUCCUGUUAAUGUGGGGGAAUGCAUAGAAGAGCCACAGUAUAUGACCAUGUCCAGUGUUUGUCAAGUAUGUAGAAGGUUCCAUAACACAGACCAUGGAGAAAGAGCAAUGAAAGAAAUGGCCAGCAUACUGUAGUUUGUGUGUGUUUCUGGGUGUGUGCAUGUGUUAGUGUGUGUUAUGGUGUUUGUGUGUGUUACAGUGGGCCCAGUGAUUACUAUGACAGCAGUGCUGCGACAGGCGACCUGCAUUCCUGUGGUCAGAAGAGGAGGAGAUAGAGACAGCAGAGGAAGAUGACAUUAACUUACAAAGUUAGAGGCAUUUACUGAGCAGAGAGAAGGAAAGAGUGAAAGAAAUGAAACAAAGAAAAAUGACAGACUAAUUUUCUAGUCCAUAAGAGAUGACGAGGAAUGAGAUUAAGUUUAGCUGGACUGAUAGAAAGUGGACAUAGAGAUUAUUUUUUUCAUUUCAACCCUGUCCUUUAUUUCAUUGUUUGACUCACUAGUGUGAAAUGCCUGUUCAGUCCAGGCCACAUUGUUGUGUGACACAGUUGAGCGUGAUCUCCAAGCACCGCAAAUGGAGCACACACACAGAGAGAGAGAGAGAAAGUGAGAGAGAGACACUUUAAUUUUGCAGUAAUUACACAUACCGUGGCAUGCAAGUGAGAGAGCAGAGAGAAGCAGCUCUGACUGAUGGAGAGCAUUUCUCUCUCCCUCUCUCUCUCCGUGCUUCCCAGGUUUCACAGGAGAAGAGAACAACUCAAGUUUGGUUUUCUAGAUAAAGAAUAAAGUCCUGAAUGAAUCAAAAUGCACUUGUACAUGUGUUUGAGCCAAAACUCUGUAACUCUACAAACAUUUUCUGCACAAAGUAAUUUUAGUAGAUGUUGUAGUAGCAACUAAACACAGUUGCAGUUUCUCUAACCUGAGUGUGCUCCAGUCCCCUCUACACCCCAUCUACACCUCAGGUUACAAUAAAAAGUCCAGUUGUAUCAUUUUUUCCUCCUUCAUCACAGCCAAACAUGGUGCAGUUUCCAAUCUUAAAUAAUAACAAUGUUUAGCAUUGAAGUGGCAGUAAUAUUGUCACACUUAUACUUUGGUUGUAUGGUGCGUUUGUAAAGACUUGCAGCUAUUUGA